AUGAGCAAAGCUGAUGAUGACUAUGACUAUCUAUUUAAAAUAGUACUUUCAGGGGACUCUGGAGUUGGAAAAUCCAAUCUACUACUGCGAUUUACAAAAAACUAAUUUAAUGCAGAUUCCAAAACUACGAUUGGGGUUGAAUUUGCAACUCGAUCUAUUACAAUCAGCGGGAAGGUUGUCAAAGCAUAAAUUUGGGAUACUGCAGGACAAGAACGCUACAGAGCCAUUACUGCUGCAUAUUAUAGGGGAGCCAUUGGGGCUGUACUAGUAUAUGAUAUAACAAACAAAUAAAGUUUCGAAGCUGUAGAACAAUGGAUUUAAGAAGUGAGGGAGAACGCAGAUAAAGAUAUUGUGAUCAUGAUUAUAGGGAACAAAUCAGAUUUGAAACAUUUGAGAGCAAUCAGAACAGAGUCUGGACAAGAUUUGGCUCAGAUGUACAAGGUAGCAUUUAUGGAGGCAAGUGCUUAAGAUGGUACUAAUGUAGAUUAAGCCUUUAUUUAAAUCAUCCAAUAAAUUUAUCAGAAUCUAACAAAACAGCUAUAAAAAUAUGAUUAGAUGUCUCAUUUACAAAGUGAAAAAUUGGAUUUAGAAAUUACAAACUCUGGUAAUAAAAAGUAAGGAUGUUGUUGA